GGGGUAGGUUGUUCCUGAGGUGGGAGGCGGCACCCUCGGCUGUGGAGGAGGCCAGAGAGCGACAUGUCUCCGGUUGCCGAGGCAGAGCUGUCUGUGGCGCUGUUUUUCUGAGUCUGGGGUGGCUCGGCGGCCGGCGGAGGACGAGGGUCGGCGGGCGCUGCCCUCGCGGUGGUGGCCGCCAUGCUGGGGCUCGGGCCAGUCGAAGGAGCCGCCGUGGCGUUGGUCCGACUGUUGCUGCUGUUGCUGCCGGCGCUCCGGGAUCCGGGACUCGGCGUGGCGGGCGCUGCUGGGGCCGGGUUGCCGGAGAGCGUCGUUUGGGCGGUGAAUGCGGGCGGCGAGGCGCAUGUGGACGUGCACGGGAUCCACUUCCGCAAGGACCCUCUGGAAGGCCGGGUGGGCCGAGCAUCAGACUAUGGCAUGAAACUGCCAAUCCUGCGUUCCAACCCUGAGGACCAGAUCCUCUAUCAAACAGAACGGUACAAUGAAGAGACCUUUGGUUAUGAAGUGCCCAUCAAGGAGGAGGGGGACUAUGUGCUAGUGUUGAAAUUUGCUGAAGUCUACUUUGCACAGUCCCAGCAGAAGGUAUUUGAUGUCCGGCUAAAUGGCCAUGUUGUUGUGAAAGACUUGGAUAUCUUUGAUCGUGUUGGGCACAGCACAGCUCAUGAUGAAAUCAUCCCUAUGAGCAUCAGAAAGGGGAAGCUGAGUGUCCAGGGGGAGGUGUCCACCUUCACAGGAAAACUCUACAUUGAGUUUGUCAAGGGGUACUAUGAUAAUCCCAAAGUCUGUGCACUCUACAUCAUGGCGGGGACAGUAGAUGAUGUACCAAAGCUGCAGCCUCAUCCAGGAUUAGAGAAGAAAGAAGAGGAAGAAGAAGAAGAAGAAUAUGAUGAGGGGUCUAACCUCAAAAGACACACCAACAAGAACAGGGUGCAGUCAGGCCCCCGCACACCUAACCCCUAUGCCUCGGACAACAGCAGCCUCAUGUUUCCCAUCCUGGUGGCCUUUGGAGUGUUCAUUCCAACUCUCUUCUGCCUCUGCCGGUUGUGAGAACAAAUGUCCAUCCUAAGUAGGAUGGAGGGGAGUGGGAAGGAAACCAAGCAUACUGCUUUUGGUUUCCAUGUUUUUCAGAGUGAUUAGCAAAACAAAAAACAAACAAAACACACAGAGAAACAAACCACACACACAAAUUAAAGGAGAUAAAAAGAGGCAGAGUGAGUGGAGAGCAGCCCUCACCCACCACUGGUCCCAGACCUGCUUCAGUCCUGUUCUUCUCUUUGUGAUUGGCCCCCAGCUGUCUCUUUCCUCUCUGGGGUUCUUAGGUAAAUGGAUCCUUCCUCUUCAAGGAUCUUUAUUUGUAUACCUAAUGGAAAAGAGUCUGAACUCAGAGUAGUCACAGUUCCUUUUUUAGGUUAAACUUUUACAGGAAAAUGUCAUCUUCUUACCUGAAAAGAUCAGCACUGGGAGUUGGGUGUGUUCUGAAGUUAUGUUCAGAUGAGUCUUGAGAAAUUUUGUUAUUCAGAGAAUAUGUGUGUGAGAAGGUGAAUAGGUCAGGUAGUAAAGACAAAAAGGAAGCAUUGAAAACAGAAAAGUAAGCACUUGCUUACUUGAAAGCCUUUCUAGAUAAUUCAUUGAUGGUUCCACCUCAAGUAUUUGUGAUUUGUCAUUAUUUCCCUGACAUGUGCCAGUUAGAGGACUGUCUGGUAUCCAAGACAAUUAGUGUAUGUCAGGUCCUCAGAUUGCCUAUGACUUGUUAUCACAACAAUCCUUCUUUAUUUCAGUGCCUCUUGGGGACUUGAUUUCUUCUUGGUUUUUCUCUUAAUCUGGCUCAUUUGGAAUCUCUUCUCGCGCCUCACCCUGAACUAUCAUACUGAGUCAUUGUCAAAAGGGGAAGGAGGUAGGCGAUUGGCGUUCUCUCUGCUUGAGUGUCUUACCCUCUACCGUCUCACCUUGUUGGUGCCUCCCUCCCUGGGUCUCUGAGCCAGCAGCCAGGAGGACCUGACCCAGUAGUUCUUUACUGGCCCUUUUGAAGGGUCUUGCUGCCAGGGAACAGGGAUGCUUUCCAGCCUGCAGCAACAGAACACUUGACCUUAAAAGUCUCUUCAGGUCUUUGGAUUUGAAAAGGCUUAUGUUAGCAUAACUUAAGAGCAACCUCAGAGACUUGAGCCCUAAUAAGUGACUGACCACUGUUUAGAAUGUCUAGUAUCUGAUGUUCAUUUCCCCAUUUCCUCUGUUACCAUUCAACAAGUUUCUGUUUAUGCCUAGAGUUGCCCCAGAGAACUAGACUGCCUGCACCAGUCCAGCCGUUUUUCUCAUUGAUUAUAGUAGUAUGCUCCACUGCCCUUUCAUUCCUCUAUCCAAGUAGCAGUCAGAUUCUUGGUGCAGUGGGACUGAAAGACUCCUAGUCAGCCUGAGUCCUGGAGGCUCCGAAGUUAACGUUAGCAUCUCAGUGUCUGUCUCAGAUCCCAGUAAACAUUUCUGUAUGGAAUGAAUCUUCCCUGUUAUCCAUCUUUUUGGCCACCUUUAUUCACUUCUCUGUUAAGGCAACAGUGAGCAACAACCCAGCCAAGCGAAAAGGAAUUUUCUGGGUGAGAGGCAGCAGAGUUAGCUUUAGCUUGGGUUAGAGCAGUGUAGACUCAGGCCAUGGCCAUAUUUCUAGAACAUGUUGACUUUUGAGUUUGCCUUAUAUAUUUUAAAAGAGCUCCAUAUAUUUGAGCUGUGUGACAAAGUAGCUCAUGGGCUCAUGGCCUGGCUUUGGCUCCUAAUGAUUAUUCCAGGUUAGCAUUUAGUUAUUGGAAAAUUGUAGCUCUUCAUUUUCUCUGUGACUUGAGCUCAGUCUUAGGGUACUGAGUCAGGCAGCUGGAUGGCUGUGGCCUGAGGUUGCAGUCAGAGGAGUACUUGGAGUGCUCCCAAAGCUCCCCUGCUUCUAAAGGUUGAGGUACUGUAGCCUUGGUGUUGGGGACCACCUGCCUAGGACAACGGGUGUACUGACUAGUUAGACUUCUGACAGUGGCUUUGGUUUCUGGUCCAUCACAACUUCCAAAGCUGUGGGCCUCUGUCAACAGAGUAAACAAGAUGAUGGGAGCACUAGCUGCCUCCGUUUUGCUUUGUUCGUUUGCCUGGGUCUCUGACGGAGGAGGGGUCCUGCCUCCUCACCUCAAGUCAUCCCUUUGGUGACUCAGAGUCUCAGAAGGAAACCCUGACUCCGGGGCCACUUCCUAAUGGUACUGUAAGCCAAGCAGUUCUGCUUCUGCCUCUGUUUCCAAGCCCACCCCUUCCCACAGGGAUAGGGAUGGGUGCUUUCCUCUUCGGUUGUGUCCAAACGGAAGGAACAUCUUUCUGUAGCUAACAAAAACUAAAAGGGAAAUGAGGAAACAGAAGGGAAAAGGAGUAUGGUGGGGGCUGGGGUAGAUUCCCCUGGAGCCAAGCCUACCCAGCUAACAAGAGCUGCUUAGGGCUGGCAAUAGCCAGCUCAUGAUGCUGAACUUGAAAAGCUUUUUUUUUUUCUCCUCCAAGAUGAUGUAGGUACAUGAAGUUUAGGUUAAAGGGGUGGGAUGGGGCACGCUUUAAUUUUAUUUUUAUAUUGUGUGUCCAGAAUUACUCUUCAUCUUUUGCUUUUUGCACUCUUUGUUCCUCUGUGUUUUAAAUUAGUGCAAGGACUCAGAGGCUUCACUAGAGGGAGUCUCCCUGGGGUUGGAGGAGUGAGUGGCACCAGUUAGGGACUUGGAGAAGAGACCCCACUUUUCUAUUUGAUCUAUGCUCUGACCCAGAGUUUUAGGGACCACUGAUCCCAGCUGGCAGGAACAAGCAGACAGCGAAGCUCCAUUUGCUAGAAGUGUGGUUCUGUUAAAAUUCCUGGGAGGACCAAGUAAAGACAUCUUCUGGGCUGAGUCGUCAGGUCUAGCCUGGUUUGGGUCAGGGGCCAGCUGAUCUCUUAACUGGAUAACUGGAUUGUUUUGGGUCUUAUUCAGAUGUCAUGCUAAGAAACAAUUUGUGGGAUCCAUGUCUCCUAAACCAAAUCCAUUGUUCUGGAAAGUCAUCACUCCUAGGAAAGAGCUGCUCAGUGGGUUCUCGGAGUUCUGAUGAUUUAAAAGAUAAUCUUCAAAUGCCAGUGGUGUCAGAAGGGCCACCUGUUGUUUGAGGGUGUGACCUUGUGCUAACUAGGAGAUCCUGAGGUCACAUGAGUUUUGAAGGGAUGGAGAGAAUUUUGAGUUGUGCUUGAUUUUCCCCCAUUCUGUGCCUGGAAAUACGUUUGAUCCCAUUUUAGAGGUAUGGUUUGACUUAUUUUUCUGAGAAGCUUCUGUUUUAAGGAAUUUCUCUUUUUGUCCUGUCUAUAGCUUCUCCUAGGAAGGCCUGACCUGGCUUCCAGAGUCUCAACUGAGAACCUGAGAACAGCAGCAGUAUUUUCCUUGUCCUAGCACUUAGAUCCCUUUCCCUAGAAACUGGCUCACUUCGAGAAGUCCAGGGAAAGAAUCAACAGGUUCUCUACCCUCCCUGGGAACUGGGGAAGGACCCAUCCCGGUCAGCACAGUGCCUUUUCCUCUCCUGCUCUGAAUCAAGGUGGGCAUUCCCUCUAGAUUCAGGUCUGGGCAGGGGUCCUACAGUCCCUGCCAUGGGGCUGUUUCCCCCAUUCCUCCCCUCUUCUUGCUGGCCUACUCUGACAUAAUUCAAGUGUCUUCUUGCCUUGGGGAAUCUUAAUGGAAUUGUGGCAACCACGUGUAACACUAUCCUCCAUGACUUUAAAAGAACCUAGGAGAGCAGGUGAGCAUUCCCAAGUGAGAGACUAACAGAUGCUUCUGCUAUUAAAAGACAGAGCUAGGGGAAGUGUCUUUGGGCCUCCUGCUGUGGCCUCUGAGAAUGAAGACUGGGAUAAGACUACACAGAAGCAGAGCCACAAACAUCCAGGGAUCUGCUCAGGGAGCUUAGAAGAAAUCUGCCUCUUCUAGGGAAAGAUAUAAUUACGGAUCAAAGAGCUCUUAAGAAAAUUGUAGAGAAGCCUUAUGUUCAAGCUUCAGAGAAAGCAGAACAGUUUUCUCUUCCAGUUGAAACUAGAAUUCUCUGGGUUGUUUUUUUUUGUUUUUUUUUUUUUUUUUAACCUCUACUGGAGCAAGAGGGCUAGAUUUCCUCAUGAUGGCAGAAGCCAGCUUGGCACCAGUGGUCAGCUGCCCAAUGAGGGCCAGUGUCUUUGCACACAUGUGGCUUGCUGCCAAUCUGGUUUGUCUUUCCCCAGCUGCUUUGUCUUGCUUGCUUUGGGUGGCCAAAUCAUCUUGAUAAGAGCAGAUGAUUUGAGGACUGGUUGGAUUGGCAGGAAAAGAACAGGAUAGAUCUCUUGGGAUGGGUUUCUCUCAGGAGUAUAAAAACAAGGAGCCAGGAUUGUGCUGGCAGCCAGGGAAACAGUAGUGCCUGUUGAAGUUGGCAGAGAGGGCCUUGGCACUGUUUGCAUCCAGGCAGUCUUGUGUGAUGGGAGCACAUAGCAUCGGGAAAAGCAGAACUCUAUUCUCACCUCUAUUUUGAGCUUCAGUGCUUUAUGUUCAUGAAAAAAAAAAAAAACAAAAAAAAAAAACACAAAAUAAAACUGAAGUGCGCUUUCCGUCCUUUCAAAGGACAACUGUCAGGAAAGGAGAGUUGAGGUGCCAGGUGGGAGGGGAGACUUGGCAAGGAGAGAUGUCGUGGCAAAACAAGGGAAGAGACCCUCUUCCUGGGUGUGAUCCAGGGAAUGAAAAGGAAUUUGACCCUGGAUUAGUUCCCUCCUUGGAUUUAAGGAACAUUACCAUUCCCGGAGUUUUCCUCAGGCUGGACCAGCUGUCUAUUCUGAGCUCAUGGAAGCCUCUUCAACCACUGUUGGCCCAACCUGGCUUGUCAGGAAACCGUCCCCAUCCCUCUAAAUGGAGCCUGGCUGCUUUGUGUGGUACCAAGUAUUGGUGAAAAGUAUCAAGUUGUUAGUAGCCCUUGUAGCUCCUACUGUGUCCCACCUUCUCCUGCAGAGGCCAAACCGACUGUCUGUGGCCACAACGUAACAUUUACAGCAGCACAGCAAGAUGUACUUGAGGAGCCCCUGGCUGGCCAGGGAAGCAGUAGGGGUGGAUAGAGCUGUCAUUCCUUCUGGGCUGUCUCCAUCUGUCCCUACCCCUUUCAUGCCCCACCC